UUGUCUCUUCUUCACACAGUGUCCGGCCAGCCCUGUGAUUGGCCAGCCGGGGUGCCUGCGCGUCACAUGGUAAGGAGGAGGUGAGGCCGCGUCACCGAACCGGAGCCAUGAACCGGGAGAGCAGCUUCAGGGCCCCUUCAAAGCGGCGCCUCCGAGGCUCCAACCCCAAUAUGGCCAGCCCACAUCAGUUAUUUGAUGACACAAGUGCCGGCCCCAUGGCUCCUGGUGCAGAAUACCACAACCAUGGCUCUCCAGCUCUGAGCAUCCCUACUCAGGCCUUCCUGUCAGAACCUAUGUCCAAUUUUGCCAUGGCAUAUGGGAGCAGCUUGGCCACCCAAGGCAAGGAGAUGGUGGACAAAAAUAUUGACAGAAUCAUCCCAGUAAACAAGCUCAAGUAUUAUUUUGCAGUUGACACAGUUUAUGUUGGAAAAAAGAUUGGGCUGCUCCUCUUCCCCUACAUGCAUCGGGACUGGGAGGUCAGGUACCAGCAAGAUACCCCUGUAGCUCCACGAUUUGAUGUCAAUGCUCCAGACCUGUACAUUCCAGUCAUGGCUUUUAUCACUUAUAUUCUGGUUGCUGGGCUGGCUUUGGGAACACAGAACAACUUUUCCCCCGAGAUCUUGGGCAUGCAGGCCAGCUCUGCCUUAGCCUGGCUCAUAGUGGAGGUGUUUGCCAUUCUUCUCAGCCUCUAUCUGGUGACUGUAAAUACCGACCUCACCACGGUGGAUCUUAUAGCGUUCUCUGGUUACAAAUAUGUGGGGAUGAUCUCGGGAGUUCUGUGUGGCCUCCUCUUUGGGAAGACUGGGUACUACAUCGUUCUAAGCUGGUGCUGCGUCUCUAUAGUAUUCUUCAUGAUUCGAACCUUGAGGUUAAAGAUCCUGUCAGAAGCUGCAGCAGAAGGCGUUCUGGUUCGCGGUGCCAGGAACCAGCUGCGUAUGUACCUGACUAUGGCAGUCGCUGCAGUGCAGCCCCUCUUCAUGUACUGGCUGACGUACCACCUAGUGAGAUGAUUCCCUACCUUUUUUUUUUUUUUAAAGCAUGUUCUGAAGACGGAGGUGCCAUUUUGGACUAUCAACCCCUGUCAGGAUGACGUCACUCCCACCUUCCAACAGGAAUCCUUCUUAACUGUUUUCUGUGCAUGGACCCCUUUUUUUUUGGACAUUAUUUGUAUAGGGGUCCCUACUGCUUCUCUUCCUUCAGAAACACCUGGGCCACUGGACAACAACUUCUUGAGAUGAUAGUGGGACCCUCAUAAGUGCUGUCUGGGGAUGUUCAUAUACAGCUUAUGACCCCCCCC